AUGAAAUCCUCCAUACACAUCUUGCGCUGCCGGUGCAGCAGCAGCUCUGGCUUGCGAUCAACAGCCACUCGCUCUCACCGGUAUGCCUCGACCUCUUCAUCGUCAACAUCAACCUCAACCUCAUCGUCCACGACACCCUCAACCCCAACGCCAACCACAUCCCCCAAACGAACCCGCUGGCUAGCAAUCACCCUCGUAAGCAUCGCUGCCGCCAGCGCAGGCGCCUACAUCCGCACCCAAACCCCCUCCUCAGCAACCCUCAACACAGAAACCUUCACAAAAUACAGCCUCGUCUCCCGGGUCCCCAUCUCCGCAACAAGCAGCCUCUUCACCCUACGCCCGCGCUACCCCAGCUCCGACAACUACGAUGUCUACGAAAACGCCUGGCGCACGGGGGUAUGGAGCGUAAUGUUCAAACAGCCCCAACUCCAAAUCGGCCGAGACUAUACGCCUCUGCCCACGACGGCGGCGACGUCGUUAUCCGUUGACGAGGAGAAUGAGGGAUACUUGCGUUUCUUUAUUCGAAAGGAUCCGUUUGGGGAGGUCUCGAGGUAUUUGCAUACGUUGGAGGUUGGGGCGGAUAUUGAGAUGCGUGGACCGCAGAUUGAGUGUGAGAUUCCGAAGGAGACGAGGGAGAUUUUGUUUAUUGCUGGUGGGACGGGGAUUGCGCCUGCGUUGCAGGCGGGGUAUUCGUUGUUGAAUCGGACGACAACAACGAAUCGGCCGAAUAUUCAUAUUAUCUGGGCUAGUCGGUUGAGGGCAGAUUGUGUGGGUGGUGUUAGUGAUACGCCGAAGGUUGAAGCGAGCCCGUCAAGUCGAUCGUGGUUUUCUGGGUGGUUUGGUUCGUCGUCUAGCAGCAAGGCUCAUGUCGAGAGUGUUGCUCUGACAUCUCAGGGCCAGGAAUCAUCCCUGAUUGUGCGGGAAUUGGAGGCGCUCAAGUCGCAAUAUCCCGGGCAGAUUACGGUGGAUUAUUACCUGGAUGAAGAGAAUCGGUUCAUUGGCAAGAAUGAUCUGGCCGAGUUUAUCAAGCCGAGCAAGUCGGUUGCGGGCCCGCAGAAUCGAAAGCUGAUUCUGGUGUCUGGUCCCGAGGGCUUCAUCAGUUACAUGGCUGGACCCAAAGUGUGGGCUCAAGGGACGGAACUCCAGGGUCCGUUGAAGGGCAUCAUUAAGGAGUUGGAUCCUAAGGGUUGGGCUGUAUGGAAACUGUGA